AUGGAAGACUUUAUGGCCUGUCACGAUCUACAUUUACAUAAUAGUCAAGGGGCACAACCAACCUAUGACAAUACCUAUCAUAAAGGAUGGCCUGAUCUUACACUCUCAACUGCUAAUUUUGCCAACAACUUUAGCUCAUGGGAUGUUCUAGAUGAUGAGAGUAACUCAGAUCAUCGAUACAUCCACUUCACACUAACACUUGAAGCCAGCAUUAAUAUCCUCCAGAGAUUCAAACUACCGGGCGGAAAGAUACGACGACUGAAGAAUGCCUUUCAGGAGCUGCUCAUCAGAGAAGAAGACAUACUAGAAGAGCUUACCAACCCCCAAGAACUGGAUGAUUACACAGACCACAUUCUGUCAUUACUCAGACAAAUAUGUCAGCAGCAGAUCCUCCCUACAAGGACCGCCAAAAAACUCCAAGGCAUAUCCUGGUGGACGGGAAGACUGAGAGAGAUGAAACAGAGGUGCAGAGCUCUGCGCCGCCGCCUCAGAUCUGCUACCAACGAAAUUGUAGCUUCCAACAUCCUUACGGCCUUUCGGCAAGAAAGGGCCGCCUACAAGAAAGCAAUUCUUGAAGCUAAAAUUAACAGCUGGAGAUCUUUCUGCACCAGUAACAGUAAUCCAUAUGGAAUUUUACACAAACUGGCAACGCAGAAGAUCUUCCAACCAGCGCAAGUACCAGUUCAACCAACAGCACCACAUACUAUGGACGUAGCGGCCUCCACCGCCAAGGAACUUUUAAAUGCUAUCUUUCCCACAGAUGAUACACAAGCAGAUACUUCAGAACAGAGGCAAAUUAGAGAAGAUACAAGCUCGCCAUGCACACACCGAACGAUAUACAGUUUUCUGCACAGGAGAUACGUAAUAUCUUCCGGUAUCUGCCACUAA